AGAAUACAACGUGCAAGCUCUGUCACAGUCUGUUCUUUAAAUGUCCCUUGUGCCUUUGCUCCUUUGUUCAACUCCUGCCUUUGCUCCUUUGUUCAACUCCUGCCUUUGCUCCUUCAAUCUGCUCGACCACUGCUAACUAUGUAUUCAGCUGCACUCCCUUGACUCUUGCCAGAUUGUCUUCGCUUCAUGAACACUUCCAAGAACUUAUUAUAACUCAUUAUUUGAUCCGGACCUGACCUGGCUAGGACAUCACCUUGUCUAAGCUUCAGUAACCCUGCCUGUUGUUUCCAGAUCCUGCCUCAUUUGCUAGCUGAAGUGUUCUGUUUGCUUCUAAUAAACCCUUCAACAUCAGCCAGGAGGAGCAGGGAAUAAACACAGUUCACUAACCACAUGUUGCUGUGCUACAUUCAAGUGCUGCAGUAGCCGCUACCUUCCCCUUUUCUCUCGCACUGUACGUCCAACCAGUGAGAUGUGGCCACUGCAUCUGUAGUUCCACCUGUGGCUGCACUCCUGCUCCCUCUACGCCACGGUGAGGGGAACAGAGAAGCUGAAGGAGGUCGAGUAGGAGGGGAGACGGAUAUCUUUCAUGACAGGUGGACUUCUCAUCUUUCUCGAGAAGAAAAGAAAAGAAAAGAAAAGAAAAAAAAACCCUCUCACUCUCAUUAACCAGCAGACACAAAUGAAAGAAUAAAACCCACAUCAUGCCUGGACUCAUUAACAAAGAGAAUCGAAGUGCCCUGCCCCUCAGUGAUUCUGACAUCACUUCCUGUGUCAGGGGUUAUUCUCUGGCUCUGACUGCCUCCAUGACAUAUGAAAACAUAGAAGAUCAUGAUAUUGAGGGGCUCUUCAUUUAUCCUCUGGAGGAGAAUUCCAUUGUCGUAGGGUUCGAGGCUAUGAUAUCCAAUCAGAUUAUAACACUGCAGAUCAAAGACAAAGCCAAACUGGAGGACUGUUAUUUGGACUGCUGCAACAUACCUAAUGGAGCCCUUCAGAGCAGUAGCGGACACAUCGUGCUGGAUGAGGACUUUGAGAGGACAGUGCUGGUGGUUAACCUUGGCAGCAUCCCUCCGAUGGAGACCGUCCACAUUCUGGUCAGUACGUCCUCGGAGCUCUCCACGCUGCCCACCGGGGGCAUCAAAGUGUCGUCCCCACCAGUUUGUACUCCUCGAGUUCAGCGGAGCAUCAACGAAGAGCAGGGACUGUCUCCAAAUUUUUCUAGAACGCGGGACAGAAAUACGUGGGCCUCGAGUCCCCACGAUCAAACUCCCAACUCUCCACAGCUGUGGUUGACGUCGCUGCUGGAGGAGGAGGCCAUCAACUCCAUGGACUACAACUUCAACUUCCAGCUGGAGAUACGGGCUCCUUACCUUCUAGCAGGUGUGGAAAGCCCUUCUCACGCCAUCAGAGCCGAUGCCGACCCACUGGCUCGAUCAGCCACGAACGUCGUCAUCACUCUGGCAGACAAAUACACCUACGACUGCCCGGUCGACAUCCUCAUUUACCCCAGUGAGCCUCACGUCCCUCAUGUACUCAUUGAGAACGGAGACAUGACACUGGAGGAGUACGAUGAGUAUCUUCACGGCCGCAGCGAUUUCAUCAAGGCCACAAAGAAGGACUCCAGCAAUGAGAGGAAAGUGGACAUAAUUCACAGGCGGCUCCAUAAGGACAUCCUCCACAACCCUGUGGUGAUGUUGAACUUCUGUCCAGAGCUCAAGUCCAUCAGCUCUGACUUGAGGAAGGUUCACGGUGAAUUUAUCUUCCUCAUUGAUCGCAGCGGCAGCAUGAGUGGCGUUAACAUCAACCGUGUGAAGGAUGCGAUGGUGGUCAUCUUGAAGAGCCUUGUGCCCGGCUGUCUGUUCAACAUCAUUGGCUUUGGCUCAACAUACAAAUCCCUAUUUAACACCAGCCAGAACUACGAGGAGGAAGCCCUGGCUGUGGCCUGUGAUUAUGUCAGGAAGAUCAGAGCAGACAUGGGGGGCACCAACAUUUUGGCACCACUUAACUGGAUCCUGAGGCAGCCUAUGUUCAGUGGACACCCCCGCCUGCUCUUUCUGCUCACUGAUGGGGCCAUCGGCAACACCGGCAAAGUCAUUGAACUGGUCCGCAGACAUGCCCGAUACAUCAGAUGUUUCACCUUCGGCAUAGGGCAGAACGCUUGCAGGAGGCUGGUGCAGGGACUGGCGACAGUUUCUAAAGGCACAGCAGAGUUCCUGACGGAGGGGGAGAGGCUACAGCCCAAGAUGAUAAAGUCACUGAAGAAAACUCUGUUGCCAGUGCUGAGUGACAUUUCCAUCGAAUGGCUCUUCCCUGAGACCAAAGAAGUGCUGCUGUCACCAGUGGGCAACACCUUCCUGUUUCCAGGGGACAAUCUGAUCGGUUACAGCGUGGUCUGCGACACCACCCGUUACCAUGCCAACCCCAAAUCUGAUAAGAGAAGGAGAUACAGCAUGAUGCGUUCAACGGAGUCAGCCAGCUCGGUGUUUUACCACUCUCAAGAGGAGGACCCCGUUAAAAUGAAUACUGAGGGUCACGGCCCCUGCAGAGAACCAGUCCCUGGCACUUCGUACCACUCCUACCACAACUCCACUGCAGAGGGCAGCCCCGCCACCAUAGAGCCAGAUGUCACAGAUAAGACCUCUCCAAGAAGGAGGGCGUACAGCACCAACCAGAUCAGCGACUACAACUCUGCCAAGAAGGUCUUCACUCCCAGUGACACAGCUUCUGUCGUGGCUAAGAACCCACUGAGAAGAGCCAAGGCUCAGGAGCUGAUAGGUCAGAUGAGUCCUGAACAUGAUGCACAGUGGAGGAACGACUAUCAGCCACAGAUUUCCAACCUGUGCACAACAUCAUCUAGAGGGCGUCCAGCCAUCUGCCACAGGCCGCUCCCUCAGCAGGAGCCGGCUGUACUGCAGGAGGCAGCUCCAGAGUCUCAGCCCCAGGCCCAUGACAACAAACAGCAGCAGCAGCAGCCGCAGCAUGGGGGGGUGUUGUCAGCAGCUAGAAACACCACCAGGGGGUGUGUUUCCAGGUCUUCGACUGACAGCCCAUCUGUCGGCAGCGUCGGAGACACGGAUGGCUACGGACACCAACUGUGUCAAGCAGAAACACCACAGGAGACCCAUGUUUCAGACCUGGAGUCUAUGAACCAGUGCAGAGGAAACUGUAAGGCUGUAGUGUCUGGGCUGCUGUGUGGAAAACCGAUGAGGUGGGAGGUGGUCUUUGAAAUCGAACCGUACCUGAAUGGGCGAGAACGAGAAGAAAAAGUUCACGAGGAGCUGUGGAACGAGACCUUUCAUCACCUGGCGGGUCACUCCAUCCUCCACGACUUUGAGCACAUGGCGAAAAGAGAGUGUGAAAUAGAGCAUGGCUCAGGCAGGAAGUACCAGAUAUAUGCAAUUCAAACCAGCAAAGCCUGCAAUAUACUGAGCAAAUACACGGCGUUCGUUCCCAUCGACCUGGACACUAAUGAGUAUCUGCCGACGUGUAUUGAAUACAUAAACCCCAGUGAAGGUCAUAAGAAGGGCUCCCACUCAGGCUCUCGUUCAGGGAGCAGGAAAAACAGGGGUUACUCCAUCGGCCUGGGUCGCUCGCAAUCUGGUGGCAUGUCUGAGGAAACUGAAGAUCACCACGUGGCCAACAGUGGAGAGGAUGGUGUCUCUCCAUGCAGCACUCCCUCAUCGGCUGGCUGGGAAAAAUGUAGUUUCACAGAAGUCUCCCAGAGGAGUCCGUCUGUGACCUCGGACCAAUCACAGAAAUCGGUGGAAAGCCUUUUUUCUGCCAGGUUGGCUCUCAGCAGGACUCGCCUCCUGACUCGCGCUGCUAAAGGCUUCAUGAGUCGAUCUCACAGCAAGUCUGGGGAUUCCAUUGGUGAGAGCGACAACGACAACAGAGAUUACAUUCCUCUGUUGUUGUUGCAGUUGGCCUCUGGGGCAUUUCCUCUGGACACAGCUCUAUGUGACGCCAUUAACGUGCCAAUGGACAAACUGAAGUGGACGUCUCCCUUCACCAGCCAUCGCACCAGUCUGGGCCACUUGUCUCACUCCAGCAGCCGGCGUGCCGACAGCGCUGAAGAAGGCCUGAGAUCACCAUGUGAACCAGACACAUGUCAACAUCCAGGAGAACAGGCCGUGGGCGCUCACAGCCAUUCUCACCCACCCAGGAGCCCGGGCAGUGAGUCGUCUCCCGCCGAGCCCCUGUCCUCAUCAAAUACUCAGUUCGACAGUGGGCGGAGCUCUAGUUCAGGGGGACUGGAACCGUCAACACCUGCUGGUGUCAGGAAGAGUCCUGAGAGCAUGGUGUGGGCCACGGCUGUGGCUCUGGCCUGGCUGGAGCACAGCUGUGCCAGUUACUUCAUCGAGUGGGAACUGGUAGCGGCCAAGGCCAGCAUGUGGCUGGAUGAGCAGGACAUCCCAGAGGGCCGAGAUCUGGCCUCGGUCAAGGCCGCUGCCAACCAGCUGUUCAUCAUCCUCAGGCACUGGGAUGAAAAUCUGCAGCUUAACAUGCUGUGUUACAACCCCAACAGCGUGUGAGAGCUCUUCACUCAAGGCCAACACCGAACACUAAGCGCACUCAGUCCCCUACGAUACUAUGCUAACCAAGGCUGUAUUAUUCUUCAUUCAGCAGUCUGUCCUCUGGAGUCAGAUUUUUUUUGCUGUCAGUUGUGAGUGGUGUUUAUCUUCUUCUGGUGGUUCGCUAUUCCUCCAAACAUAUCACAGUCUUCAGAGGCAAGUGUAAGCUGUUACUUCCUGUGUGCCACAUACUGUAGCUGGAUCCUUGCUAGUGAAGGAUCAAAUCUGAGUUGUUGGGUUUUUUUUUUCUUCUUCUUCUUCUUUUGUUUGAGGACAGUGUCAGUGUGCAUUCUGUAGCAUGCUGUACCCCUGACUAUCAGUGUUUGAAAGAUGCCGUUAUUGUCAUCGUCUUGAUGUCUGGGGUGGGGGGGUAG